UUGAUUACCCACAAGUUCACAUACUCAGGUUAUUCAACCUUGACUAUUACAUUUUACAAGACUUCCGAUGUCUUACUAGUCUACCAUUCCAGCAAAGAUCCUGGACCAACACUUGAGGAUUUGCCAAGUGUUCGUGCUUAUAGUUUUAUACUUAGUCUACUACAACACCUGUUGAUUUAUUUCAUGGUAUGAGAGCUAUCUGGAAUUAAUACUACCGUCAACUAUGACUGGUUCAACACCAGCACCAUCUGCUGGAUCAGUUGCUGGGACUACUGGAGCACAAGCCUCCACUACCACCGCUGGUCUCUCAGCCUCUUGGCAUUUUCCACCAGCCUACGCUAAUAUCGAUAUGCAACAGCAGAAUCCGCCUUCUGUGAAUACUCCAGGUGCUCCAUCGACUGCACCUGCAACGCAACAGCGACAAUCACAGACAACAGCACAGCAACAAACAUCAGUACAGCCACCAGUUUCAACGCAAUCAAUUUCAUCUGCGUUCAGUGGAAUGAGCCUUGACGGCUCAAGUUACAUGCGUGGAGCAACAGCUCCAAGUACUGGUUCGUUCGCUUUCUCACCUUUCGUACAACAGCCGCAACAACAGCAGUUUCAGCAUCCUUUCUAUAUCUUCGGUCGUUCCCCUGCUCAGCAACAACAACAGCAGUAUCAGCAACCAUAGCAAGUACAGCAACAGCAACAAUAACAGCAACAGCAACAACAGCAACAGCAACAACAGCAACAGCAACAACAGCAACAGCAACAACAGCAACAACAACAGCAACAGCCAGGCAUUGUUUUUCAGCCUCCAAAUUUACUUAACAAUACUCAGAUCAAGACAACCGUACCUUUUAAUGGUGUUGACUUCUACUCCUGGAGCUUUGAGUUUGAGCUUCUGGCGCAGUCCGCUGGGCUAUGGCCGUUCUUCACUGGCGAGUUUACGUAUCCUGUCGUGGGAACACAACUGGAGCAGCAGAGUUUCUUGCACGCCUCUCUCGGGGCGUAUACAGUUCUUGUACGGAACUUGUCGCCGAAGGAGCAGCUCGGCGUUCGAUCAUUUCACUCAAGUUUCACACCAGUCGAAACUGCAUGGAACCAUCUGAAAGGGGUAUACAUGGCAAAGGAUACGAUAACAGUGAGUAAAAUACUUUCGCAGCUGACAAGUGUGCAGAUGAUGACAAAUGAAAACCUCAUGGACUACGUUAACCGCGUCUGUACAUUACGUGACCAACUGGAGAAGAGCGGAGGAUACUUCCCUCGUGAGAUGUAUCUCACUGUCCUUCUUGCUGGUCUUGGACCCGAAUGGCGACAGACGCGCGCCUUCCUGCGCAUGAAUCCCAACCUCUCCGAAGCUGAAAUUUCUUCUUAUCUUCAAGCAGAGCAGCAAGAUCUAGACCUGCAGUCACAACGCAACCAGAAAAGGGGGGUUCAUUUAAGUUUUUACUCCAAUCCAGAAACACAGCAUCGACAUCCACCAAAGUAUCCGUUCUGCCAUUUCUGUAAGAAACCAGGACAUACUUACCAAAACUGUCGCAGCCGUCAUCAAAAUCGUCGCAAUACUUCGCAGCCGUAUCAACGAUCGCAGCAGUUACCGAAGACACAACAGCCACAGCAGCAGUUAACGUCUCAGCAGCAGCAGAUGCCGAAACCGCCGCAGAAUCCAUCGACGUCGCAGCAUCGUCCGCCGGUCUUCGCAUCUGCCAUUUCAGGAAAAGGGGUUUUCGGCUGUGUCACCACAGUUGAUGUUUCAGAAACAGAUUUCAAAACACGACUUGAAGAAACAACAAGUGCUGAAGGCAUUCCUUUACCUCAAGUUUACGCUAACCUUGCUCGCAUAAUUUCAGGACCAAAUACCUGGUAUCUCGACAGCUGGUGCGGAUGGCAUACAGUGGCGGAUUAAAUUGUCCACAUGUUUUGCCUUUUUUGGCAUUUUUAUGA